UCUUCGGUCGUUCCGAAUGCAUGAAUAAUGAAAACAUAACGAGUCCGUGUCAGUAGACAAUCAGACAGCCAUCAGUUAGUACUGUAGUGUGUAUCAUUUCGGCACCGGCAAAUCAACCGAAACAGGAUCAGAUCGUCACGCGGUUUGAUCAACAAUAGGGCGCGAGUUUGCUGAGGACUACGAAGUUUUGCGCGCGCGCGCGAACUUUUGCUUCCGAUACGAGAGAUUUAUCGAAACGAUCGUUUAACGAUUGACGGGUGCAGUUUGCGAAGAGGACACAGUCAGUGAAGCGACAGUCCGAGGCACAUCGCGAUGGUGAUGAAUUGAUUGACUGACUGAUCUCAUGUCUCCGGGGUACCGCGUGCUGCAACCUGUUGCAAGAUCAGAUGCUCGCACAUGUGAUUUAUUGGGCGGCGACCGGUAGCAAGUGGGGAUCGGUGAAUACCUACUGAAGAGUUUGUUGAUGAGUGUGUGAAAAAAUUCGCGACUCGAUUGGAAGCAGAAGAAAAAGAUGGAAAUAUUUGUGAUAUUAUUUAUUGUAUGAAAAAUUUGUUACCAAAACGAGUGCACAAAACAAGGAGACAACUUUAUGCCGGAGAAGACUUGCUGUUGAAAGAUUGAAAUUUUAAAUGGAAUGACAGUGGAGCAGUGUUUUUAUCGGCUGAGUGUUCGUAUGGGGCAUUAUUUGUCAUGCUGCUUAUGAUGAAAACCAUCACGAAAGGAUAUCUGGAACGCAAGCAGAAAAUAUAAUCAGAUUCGCAUGAUUUAGAUCUCGAAAAAAAAAUGACUGAAAAUAUUUCAUCGAAAUUAUACGUUUUGAAUUUGUGAUACAGUUUGGAACUCUUGGCCGUAAGGAAUCCUGAAACCAACCAUAAGUCUCUCCCUCGUUUCCAAAAACAAGUUACCGUAAGUGGAUCCAUUGGAGGGUGUUUCGGAGAGAAGGAACCAUUAAUUCCUUUUGAUCGAGGAAUCAUAAUACACGAUCGCACGCCAACAUCAUAAAAAUGUCAUUGGAGAACAGUAUGGACGAUGAGUACAACGAUAGUGGACCGCAUUUCGACCCAGCAUCGUCGAUUGGGGCUUUGAAAAGGAUCAAGCUGGAAAGUGACGUCCCGAUGGAUGGUCCCAGCCUUACCGGUGGUGGACCUAAUAGCCUUACCGAGCUAUUGCGAAGCAUCAAAAAUGGCUUGGACAUGCGCCUGCGAGGUGAAGAAGAAAGUGCUGCAAGUUCGAGCGGGAUGGGUGUUGAUCGGACUGGGGGAGAAGGCAUCUACGGUAGUGGGGGAAGUGGUGGUGGCAGUGGCCUGAAUAAUAACAGUGACGCUUUCAACAACAACAAUACCAAUAAUAACAAUUCGAUCAAGACGAAGCUUGGCGAGGCGGACGAGACGAAAUUCAGCGAGUUUAGCAAAUUUUUGGGUGACAACGAUAAGGACGAGAACGUGACGACGGUGCUAGAGCUGCUGCAUGAAAACUAUGGAUUGAUUCAACGGUACGCCUCCGGGUACGACUGCAACCAGGAAAAGUGUCAGUACGAGAACCUGCACGAGCACUUCCACUGCUACGACACGUUCUGCCGGGGGAAGGUCCUGUACAAGAAGUACGAAAUCAUCCGGCAUCUGAAGUGGCACAAGAAGCGCAAGGAGUCGCUCAAGUAUGGUUUCUACCGGUUUUCCUCGUCGGACGACUGCAGCAUCCAGUACGGGCAGUGCCAGCAUAACCACAAACACACGCACUACCACUGCGUGCACGACAACUGUGAUAAGGUGUACAUUAGCACGAGUGAUGUGCAGAUGCACGCCAACUACCACCGGAAGCACGAGGCCAUCGUCAAGAAUGGAUUCCAACGGUUUCGAGCCACUGAGGAAUGUAACACGGAUUAUUGUGCGUUCAAGGGACAAAAGACCACCCACUUCCAUUGUCGGAGGGAGAACUGCAAGUACACCUUCAAGAAUAAGGCAGAUAUGGAAAAACACAAAACCUACCACCUGAAAGACGAGAUGUUGCUGCGCGAUGGGUACAAAAAGUUCCUCAAAACAGAAGACUGCACGUACAAAAACUGUCGUUUCUCCCGGGUCUGCAAUCACAUUCACUGCAUGCACGAAAACUGCCACUACGUGCUGCACUCUAGCGGCCAACUGCUGAGCCAUAAACGAAAGCACGAACGAAUGGACACCGAGGUGGACUACCGGAAGCUGCAGAUGGCGCGGAAUUUGCUGAGCAAGUUCGGAAUGAAUCGUGACGGGGAUGGUUCGGUAGGGGCCAAAGAAGAGGACGAAGUGCCUACGUCUCCAACGGUUGGAGAACAUUUGGCACCGAGGAAUCCGGUUAUAGAACUGCUGGCGAUUAUGUCGGAACUAACAUUUAGGACGCUGCCACUGCAAAUAAUGCUGCACAUGCGAAUGCAAAUGCUUCAGAACAUGGGGUAUGAUCAGGUGUUUUCGCCUGAUAACGUGGAAAGUUUGAAGAAUUUGUCGGAGAGCGGACUGAACGACGAGUACUUGAAGCAGUUGUACAAAUUCAACGAGAAUAUCUGUCAGCUAAACGAGCGCGCCAUGCUAGAUGUGAACCCAACGCUAUCCGAGUUGGCAAAGAGUCAAAGUAGCUCUGUGUCAAGAAGUUUUGCGAAUGUUGGAGAGCACUACAACCAAUUUAAGCGGAAACUGGAGGAAGAAGCAGUUGCUGGGCCCUCUACGAAGAUUCAAGAUUCUACUUUCUUUAACACAACUCUCAACAAAUCAAAGUUGCUGUCCAAUCCUUCAGUUGAUUAUCGGCUUCUGAAGAAGGAUGAUUCCGGGCUGGGAGAAACUUUAGCGGAUACCAAUAGUAUUGAUCGCCAGAAGCCAUUACUAGAGAGUGCGAAUUUUCUGCAGUUUAGCUCGAGCAAAACCUUGUUCAAUCGGAAACGAGGGCGACCAAGGAAAAAUCACGUCAUGGAGGUGUACAACAAUGCUCAGGAUUCUCCUCAGGCCAUAUUCACCAGUUUCAAACUGGAGAAGAAUGACUCGAAAGCGAUAAAUCAGGAUUACCAUCGUGAUGGAAUGGCAGAACAGGAAACUAAACUCAAUAGAGAUCUACACAACAGAAGUGACGAUGAAGAAGGAGUCAAACGGCAUCGUAGUUUGAGUCCCGCGAAAAUGUUCCUUCCUAUGUUGGACGCACCGUCCGUACCAAUGUUUUCUACACCGGAUUUUGGAGGAUUCUCUCAAAUUUUGGAAAAGCACAUGCGUGAGAUCAAGACCGAACCGAGUGCGACGAUUACCCAUGAAAUGGAUCUCUCCAGCAAGGAUAAGUCCCGAAACCACCUCAAAUGUGUGGUGUGUAACAAUUCUUUCGAAACCUUUGCCGACAUCAAGGAGCACGAAUGCCACCAGGCAAAAGAAGCGGAGAAGCCUCUGCUGGCUUUUCCACCCGGAUUGACGAUGCACCAGCCGACGACGUUCCGCAGUGCAUAUCCACCGGAUGCGGAAACCAGUCGACUGAUCUAUGCACCAACACCGAUGGGUCUACCGGCUGCACCGUCCGCUGCCAAGGAAUCGAUUUCGCUGGUCAAAACCACCGGAACGUUCUUUCCGGACGUGAAUGCCAAUAAGUUGAAGUAUUUUUGAAAAUGUUUUAGAGAGAUAGGAUGUUAGUUGGAUAGAGGCUCAACGUGUAGAAUUGUACGAAAUAAGUGAAUUCAACAUACUGUGUCAUAGCGAAAGUUAAGUAAAAGAUAAUGCCAUAUUUGUUUGGCCAUAGAAUAACUAUAUUGCAUGAACUCAUUAUGACAACAAAAUAAAAUAUUGAUAAUAAAUUACGUAAUAGUAUUAGAGCAAAUGUAUUAUUUAUAGAUGAGAGUCAAACGGUACUACGAAACCAUAGGGUCAUAAGAAUUUUUACUGUGAUUAAGACCUUCAAAAUACAGUAAUAGAGGAUAUUAUGUACAUUAUCGAUUAAAAAUUGUAAGUAAAUUGUUGAA